AUAGAGGACAAUAAAUAAGUAGAGAGGACGUGCAAAAAGCAAAGUAGUUGAAGGUAGAGAGAUCAGAAAAGAGGAAUCUCUCUCUCUCUCUCUCACUGCUUUUCUGAGUUCAUGUCAGAAAAACACAGAGAAAAUUAAGAACCUUAAUUUCUAACAUCAAAAUGGGACAUUCGAAGAAGUUCCGAGGUGUCCGCCAGCGUCAGUGGGGUUCUUGGGUCUCUGAGAUUCGUCAUCCUCUCAUGAAGAGAAGGGUGUGGCUAGGAACAUUCAACACAGCGGAAGAAGCGGCUAGAGCCUACGACCAAGCUGCGGUUCUAAUGAACGGUCAGAACGCAAAGACCAACUUUCCUGUCAUCAAAUCCAACGGCUUAGAUUCUCCGGACGCUAACUCUCCGUUAAGGUCGCCGAAAUCGUUAUCAGAACUCCUAAACGCCAAGCUAAGGAAGAACUGUAAAGACCAGACACCGUAUCUGACGUGUCUCCGCCUCGACAACGACAGCUCACACAUCGGCGUGUGGCAGAAACGCGCCGGGUCGAAAACGAGUCAAAACUGGGUCAAGCUUGUUGAACUCGGUGACGGCGUCAACGCAAGUGCCGGCGGUGGAAUUGGGAUUAGUAAUAUAAAGAAAAGAAACGAAGACGUGGAGGAAGAAGAUCACAUGGCAAUGCAGAUGAUCGAGGAGUUGCUCAACUGGACUUGUCCUGCUUCUGCUUCCACUGAUGGUCUAAAGGAGAAUCGUUUGAAUUAGAUGACCAAGAAAACCACAAAAAAGAGGGAGAAUAAUAAUCAAGGGUAUAAUCCAGAGCUUUCAUUAAUACUUUCCCAACAUAUUUUAUUUCUAAAGAGUGCUAAUUAGUAAUAUCUGCUGACUUUGUCGGCAUUGAUAUAAUUACAUAGAGGAGAUUAUGGAGUAGACCAGACAUGAUAAGAAGGUACAAAAUGGUAGGGAAGAUAAUAAAUUAGUUUAAAAGAAGAGUACGUAAACACUAAAUGUGAAAGAGACUUGUCACUCUUUUUAAACACAUCUGCGAAUCAGAUUCUUGUGAUUCGAA